GUCCGACUGGGCAAGUCGGGGCUGAAGGUAUCCAAGAUCAUCCUUGGGAUGAUGUCCUACGGGAGCACCGGAUGGCAGGACUGGGUCAUCGAAGAUGAGGAAGAGGUGGUCAAGCAUGUUAAGACAGCAUAUGACGCGGGUAUCAACGCGUUCGACACAGCAAAUGUGUACUCCAAUGGCCUGUCCGAAGUAUUACUUGGGAAAGCUAUUAAGAAGCUUAACCUUCCGCGAGACGAGAUCGUCGUCAUGACCAAGGUCUAUGGCACUGUAGCCCGUACCUACGACACGAAUCUCAUGAAGACUGGCAAGUCACCGGAGGAAGUCGGCCACGUCAACCAGCACGGCCUGAGUCGCAAGCAUAUAUUCGACUCCGUCAAACACAGCUUAGAGCGACUGCAACUGGAUUAUAUCGAUCUCUUGCAAUGCCAUCGAUUUGACAAAGAUACUCCCAUCGAGGAGACUAUGCAAGCACUUCAUGACGUCGUGAAAGCCGGAUAUGUUCGUUACAUCGGAAUGAGUUCUUGCUGGGCCUACCAGUUCCAGGCGAUGCAGAACUACGCCAUAAACAAUGGACUCACUCCGUUCGUCUCCAUGCAAAACCAUUACAGCUUGGUAUACCGCGAGGAGGAACGUGAGAUGUUCCCCACCUUGAAGGUCAGUAACAUGGUUAUGUUCGGCGUCGGCUCCAUCCCCUGGUCGCCGCUCGGCCGCGGUAUCCUUACCAGACCCCUGGACGCUCAAGCCACGAAACGAGGCGCUGUCGACCAACGGCUGUUAAAGAACGCGCAUCGUCCGUCCAGCGUCGAGGAACUCGCAAAUAAGAGAUCUGCCUCCAUGGCUCAAGUCAGCAUUGCUUGGAUCCUCGCGAAAGAAGGUGUCACUGCUCCCAUCGUCGGUACCACCAGUCUGAAGAAUCUUGAAGACAUCAUUGGUGGAGUGAAGAUUAAACUGUCGCCCGACGAGAUCAAGUACCUGGAGGAACCGUACAGGCCUCAAUCGGUGAUCGGACACUUUUGA